CUCUGUGGCCUUUUCGAUUACGCAAUCAUGGCAAGCACGUCGACGGAAGCCACGAGGAUGGAAACUACCAACGAAAUCAUGGAAGAUUCUCAGCAAUCUGAAGAAUUUCGUUCCGUGAAACCGAAAACUGCCAGGAAGAGAAAGAUAACAGAGGAGAAAAUGGUCACAGAAACACAGACAAAGACGGAGAAACGGCCUCAUUUCCCCCCGUUGAAAGGAGCAAGAUUACUUGAUGGCAACACAGAUAUGAGAAAGAUCGCUGUUCCUGCCAAUAGAUACACACCGCUAAAAGAGAGUUGGAUGAAGAUAUUUACACCCGUCGUCGAGCAUCUCAAACUUCAGAUCAGAUUCAAUCUCAAAACCAGACAUGUAGAACUGAGGUCGUCGGAACAAACACAAGAAAUAAGUGCUCUUCAAAAAGGACAUGACUUUGUAAAAGCUUUUCUACUCGGCUUUGAAGUAGAGGAUGCUCUGGCACUACUCAGACUUGAUGAACUCUUCUUAGAAUCUUUUGAGGUGACGGAUGUAAAGCCAUUGAAAGGAGAUCAUUUAUCAAGAGCUAUUGGGAGAAUAGCAGGCAAGGGAGGAAAGACAAAGUUCACCAUUGAGAACGUUACCAAGACUAGAAUUGUGCUAGCAGACACCAAGAUCCACAUCUUAGGCUCCUUCCAGAAUAUUAAGAUUGCAAGAACAGCUAUAUGCAAUCUUAUUCUUGGAAGUCCUCCUUCUAAAGUGUAUGGAAAUAUGCGUGCUGUGGCAAGUAGAUCAGCAGAGAGAUUCUGAUGCAUCAUCUUAACAAAGACAUUUAUACUGGAAUCAAAAAGACAUUUUAGAAUGGACUUCAUUUCGAGGAAAGAAAUGGAUGAAGCUAGAUGGGAUCUUCACACUUUACACCAUCUCUGAGGCUCGUAUAAUUGUCAUGUGACAGUGAUUUGAAGGUCAAAGGUCAGACAAGAGUCGUCUUUUAGGUCUGUGGACAUAAUCGUAGGAGCACCAUGCGUCACUAUCUGGGUAUAACCUUAACUUUCAGCUGCCACGAAAUAAUGAAAUAUGUAAUAUGACAAUUGUGCGCUUUUGCCUUUAUACCUCCAAGAUCUCGGCCACGAAGAGACAAAUAGCGACAAAGGGUUGCAUGCACCUCCAUGAUAUAUGAAGAACAGGGCCCAGUCUUAUAAAAAGUUGCGAUUAAUCACAGCUAUGUACAUAAGAAAUAGGAGACUGUAAACUUGCGAUGGAUUGGAAGACUUGCGAUUGAUUCAGAUCAAUCUCAACUCUCUAUGAGAUGGAGCCCCGGUCUGCAUUAUUAGUUAUGUUAGAGAUUGGUAACUUCAUCAAUAAUAUAUAAAUGUUCAUUUUUUAAAUAAUGAACAAAGAAAACGUAAUGUUGUGCAAAAUGUUCUUGAAAUAACUUGAAUCAAGAAAUCUAAUUCAAUUAAAGUUCUUUUAAUUUUAUUAAUUUAUUUGAUUUUUAGAUUAGAUUAGAGGCUUGUAUCUGAAUAAGUAUUUUGAUGAAAUGGGUAAAAGUUGAUAAUGAAUUAGAAAAUAACUGAUUUUAGAAAGAAAAUAACAAAAUACAGUUUUCAUUUGUUUUCAGGCCGACCCGAGGUCACAACAAAAUCUUUAAGCCUGAUGUUCAUGAAAAAUGACUUUAAAACUGUGAAAGUCUUGAAAGAAAAGGUUAUGCAAGUGCUUUGAAAAAUUGUCAUGCAUUAGGAAGUAAUCAGAGUGGAGGGGCUCAUGUUGCCCCCCCCCCCCAUCUAUCUUUUGAGGGUUAAAAUACAUAUUUUUUUGGAGUUAAUUCCCCCCCCCCCCCAUACAUGUGUAAUUAGUAAUUUACCAGUUCUGUACUGACUUGUAUUCCAAGUUCCAUUGUUACUUAAUUGCCAUAUUUAUAAUUUAUCUUUCAACAAAAUGCUGAAAGUACCAUCAUACAUUACAAUUUAUGUACAAUAACCUGACUAAUCUCAUUGUUAUUAAUCAAUAAAAGAAAAGAUAACUUUUACUUUA